AUGGCCAAACAAAUGAAAACUGUUUAUCUUGCUUUAAAUUCUCUCAGAGAAUUUAUAGGUGAAUUUAAGGUUUUCAUAUGUCUUUAGUAACUUAUUUAGAUUCAAAUUUAUACUUUUUCUAAUCAAAUUUGCACACUAUUAAAUGCAAAAAAGGUUAUUUUGAAAUAGAGAAAGAGUGUUAAUUAUGGUAUUAUUUUAUUAAUAUUAUAGUCCAUUGA